AUGUCAACCUUACUGGAUGGGACAUUAAGUGCUUCUUCGGGAUACUCCAAGAACAUUGGUGAAUCGGCAGUUCGCAGAAAACAUGCAACUUCGAAUCCCCAUCAAUCCAAUAGUACUGACUGGGAAACAAAUUCCGAAGACAAGGAAGUAAGAGACAUCAUAGAGAAAACGUCAAGGUUGAAAAUAGGAAGUCAACAGUCGUCACAAUCUGCAUUCGUCAAAUAUAUCAGCCCAUUGGCUCUAACCGCACUAUCCGCAUUGGUACGAAUAUAUCAUAUAGAUGCAGCAAACUACGUGGUUUGGGAUGAAGCUCACUUUGGAAAGUUUGGCUCGUAUUACUUGAAAAGGGAAUUUUAUUUUGAUGUUCACCCUCCAUUAGGUAAACUUCUUGUUGCAUUGUCUGGCUAUUUAGCAGGAUAUGACGGUUCAUUCGAAUUUGAAAGUGGAAAGGCUUUCCCCGACGACAUGAACUUUGCCUUUAUGCGUCUAUUCAAUUGCUUGUUUGGUAUACUUGUCACACCCUUGACUUACAGAACCGCAGUAUUAGCUGGAUUUGAUCAGUGGACUUGCUGGUUUGUUUCACUAAUGGUAAUAUUUGAGCAAUUAUCACUAACUUUGUCUAAAUUCAUCUUGCUUGACUCAAUGUUGCUUUUCUUUACCGUGUUUACAUUUUUCUGUUUGGUCAAUCUUCACAAAGUGUGUCUGGAGCGAAUGGAAAUGUCCAAACUUGGUUUCAAAUGGUUUUUAUUAACGGGAAUAUCGAUUGGUUGUGUUUGCUCAGUAAAAUGGGUGGGCCUCUUUGUGACAAUUUUGGUGGGAUUAUAUACAGGGUAUGACUUGAUCUUGAAGUAUUUUCAAGUGACUUCGACAGAUACGUUGAACUGGAAAACAUAUGUCAAGCAUUGGAUAUUGAGAGUUGCUUCAUUGAUCAUCAUUCCUAUCACUAUAUACAUGCUUGCUUUCAAAGUGCACUUCCAGGUAUUGAACCAUACUGGUCCCGGUGAUGGAUCUAUAUCUACUUUGCUACAGGCGUCGUUGGUAGGAAACAAUUUGCAAUAUGGGCCCCGAACUGUUGCUAGCGACUCACUUGUAACAAUCAGAUCACAGGGCUUAUCUCCCAACUUGUUACACUCGCAUGCCCAUAAUUAUCCCGAAGGAUCGGGGGAACAACAGAUCACUACAUAUGGAUUCAAGGACGAAAACAACGAAUUCGAAAUUGAAAUUGCGAAUCAAGCCGGCACAGGCGGAUAUGUGGUACAAGAAAAUUGUAUUAGAUUAAAGCACUCAAAGACGGGAUGCUACUUAGGAGCACAUCCACUUGCGGCACCAAUCACAAAGAAACAUUUCGAGGUAUCCUGUUCACUGUUGUCGAACGUGUCGUUUACAUCACAUGAGUGGAUUCUUGACAUACAGUCACAGGAAACUUCUCCAUCAGACCAGUUUCGGGACGAAAAUGAGCUGGAAUUGCAUCCUAUAUCCACAGCAUUCAGAUUAAAGCAUAAAGAACUAGGAUGCUAUCUAGCCACCACGGGAAACCCAUUACCUUCUUGGGGCUAUCAACAAGGUGAAGUUGUUUGUAAAUAUCCUUAUUUGUCCAAGGACAAAACCACAUGGUGGAAUAUUGAAGAGCAUCGCAACGAAAAUUUGGAAGCACCUGCAGUCGAAUAUGUACCCCCCAAGCCCAAAUUUUGGAAAGAGUUUGUGCUUCUAAACUAUGGAAUGAUGGCCUCGAAUAACGCUCUUGUGCCAGACCCAGACAAAUUUGACAAAUUGAGCUCUGAAUGGUGGGAGUGGCCAAUAUUGAAUACCGGUCUAAGAAUGUGUGGCUGGGGGGAUGACGACACAAAGUAUUUUUUGAUUGGUAAUCCUUUUGUAACCUGGAUGUCGAACACCGGAAUCCUAUUUUGCAUCGUAUACACGUUGUUUUCCUUGUUUCGGUACCAAAGACAGAGUACGAGCAACACAGACUCGAUUCAGUCCAUGGUAGUGCAAUGCUUACUUCCCUUCCUCGGAUGGAUCUUGCACUAUGUACCAUUUAUUCUUAUGGGAAGGGUAAAGUAUUUGCACCAUUACGUGCCUGCAUUAUAUUUUGCAAUAUUCCUGGCUGGAUUUUUGAUGCAAAAGCUUGUCGGACAAAACAAAUUAUUUCCUCCAGUUUUGAAAAUUGCGGUAUACUUAGUCGUCGACGCAUUGAUUAUUUUUGCUUUUUGGUACAUGAGAGAUCUUGCUUUUGGGAUGAAAGGGUCUUCCAAGCAGUACCAGAACUUGAGAUUGUUGAACAGCUGGAUGAUCUAA